AUGUUUGGAAAGGAGAAAGAAUCGACUGACGCCGCGUCCUCCGGUCAAUGGAGAGUGUCGCGCUUCGUGCUGCCGUACCUGCCGCCGGGAUACAGGGAGCUUCCGGUGGUGCCGACAGCGGGUAGUCGCAUGAAGUCGUCGCAGCUAGUGCACUGGAUAGGGCUGCUCGCUCUCUUCUCCUGCGCGUCUAUCUGGCUCCUGGUACGUGGCAUGAGCCUCCAUCUGGCUACUGGUACGGCGAUUGCCUGUAUGACGACAUCCAGGUUUGCUUUGAGUCGACUCAUCUUACACCUGCUAGGUUCCGGUGCUGCCGACUGCGGGGAAUUGCAUGAAGUCGUCGCAGCUGGUGCACUGGAUAGGGCUGCUCGCGCUCUUCUCCUGCGCAUCCAUCUGGCUCCUGGCGCCUCAAAACUCGCCGGCGGGCUCACAGUCUGCGUUCCCCCGCCUUCCUUCCUGCAGGUGCCAACGCUCUUGCCGGCACGGACUGAUGCGCCAGCGGUGGCGCCUGCCCCUCCGGCCCGGCUCAUCCUGGUGACGCCGACGUACGCGCGCGCGUUCCAGGCGGCGUACCUCACGGAGCUCACUCACACGCUGCGCCUCGUACCGCCGCCGCACACGUGGAUCGUCGUGGAGAGCGGGAAUAAGGACGAGGACCAACGAUGGUUCCGAGGCGUGGGGCAGCGGAACGUUGCUCUCGAGUACAUAGAAAAGGAGAAUCUCGAAGGAAUCGUAUACUUCAUGGACGACGACAACUCGUACGCGCUGCAGCUGUUUGAGGAGCUGCGGAAGAUCCGGCGCAUCGGGCUGCUGCCGGUGGGGUUCCUGUUCGGGAAAGACAGCCCCAUGCGCUCCUACGUUGGCCGCCCCAUUGUGCGCGUGGCUGUUGAGGGGGGUGACAGGGAGGGCAAGAGGGAGGGCGGUGAGAGGGAGAGGGGUGCUGCUGUGGAAGGCAGUGGUGGCGACAACGCUGGUGGCAAGGACAGCUCAUAUGCUGGCCGCCCCAUUGUGCAGGUGCUUGUGGAGGGGGAUGACACGGAAGGUGACUCUUCUGUGGAGGCCAGCAGCGCCAGCACUGGAAGCAGUGCCAGUGGCGGUGGCAGUGGCGGUGGCGGUGGCGGUGGCGGUGGCGGUGGCGGUGGCGGUGGCUAUGCGGGCGGGGAGAUGGAGCAGGUGGCACGGGCGCGAGUCGUGGGGUGGGAGGCAUAUGGCCGGCGCGUCCCCCUGCAGAGGGACCCUGAGGCACGGCGAUACAUCACGGACAUGGCUGGGUUUGCUUUCAGCACGGAGGCUCUCCGCAACGGCACAGUCCAAGGGAAGAAGCAGCCAAUUCGCUUCCGGCCUUCAAAACGCGGGUUCCUGGAGACGGACUUCCUAGAGCAGCUGGUGACACACGAGGAUGAAUUCGAGGUGUUGGCAGAUGGGUGCAGAGCGGUGUGGGUGUGGCACAAGCACAUGGAGGACCUCUCCUGGGCCACGUACCCCACGGAUUGGCAGCCCGAGCAGAGCAACUACCGCAUUCCCACGUAUGACUGGGUGAAGAAUGACACCAGUCACGAGGCUCGGGCUGGGUUGAUCGGGCAGAUUGCUCGCGUGACGAAUGUUACGUUACCGCCGAGUUCCGAGGAGAUGAGCAAGGAGGGGGCCGUGCGGAAGAGAGGGGUGGGGGUGGGUGGGUCGGGGAUGGUGAACGGGCAGAAAGCGGAUUUGAGGCGCAACGUGGGAGUGGUACCAAGAGGGGAUACAGGGGAAAAGAAUAGGCAGCAGCGAGCGCACAUGGCGACAAACGGGCUAGAGAUUGCCGGCGAGCGCAUCACGGGUCAAGACGUACGAACACAAAAUGUCACGGCGUGCAUGGCCAUAGCCAACAUCGUCAAGAGCUCGCUGGGCCCCGUGGGAUUGGAUAAGAUGCUAGUGGACGACAUUGGUGAUAUCACCAUCACCAACGACGGCGCCACCAUCUUGAAGCAGCUGGAGGUGGAGCAUCCCGCUGCCAAGGUGCUGGUGGAUCUGGCAGAGCUGCAGGACAGGGAGGUGGGGGAUGGCACCACGUCAGUCGUCAUCAUUGCUGCUGAGCUUCUCAAGAGGGCAGACGAUCUCGUGCGCAACCGCAUUCACCCAACGUCCAUCAUCAGCGGGUAUCGACUGGCGAUGAGGGAGGCGUGCAAGUACGUGGACGGCAAGCUGGCAGUCAAGGUGGAGAAGCUGGGCAAGUCAACGCUGCUGAACGCGGCCAAGACGAGCAUGGCCUCUAAGAUUGUCGACAUGGACAGCGAGUUCUUUGGCAAGAUGGUUGUGGACGCAGUACAAGCAGUGAAGACCACGAACGAGAAGGGCGAAGUCAGAUACCCCAUUAAGGCAAUCAACAUUCUCAAGGCGCAUGGUAAGAGUGCGAGGGACAGCGCAUUGAUCAACGGCUAUGCGCUCAACACCACACGUGCCGCCCAGGGCAUGCCCCGCCGCGUGGGGCCCGCCCGCAUCGCGUGCCUGGACUUCAAUCUGCAGCGCACUCGCAUGCAGAUGGGCGUGCAGGUGCUGGUGACUGAUCCGAAGGAGCUGGACAAGAUUCGGGAAAGGGAGUCGGACAUUACGAAGGAGCGAAUCCAAAAGAUGCUCAAGGCGGGUGCGAAUGUCAUUCUCACCACCAAGGGCAUUGAUGACAUGUCGCUCAAGUAUUUCGUGGAGGCAGGCGCCAUUGCAGUGCGGCGAGUCAAGAAGGACGACCUGAGGCACAUCGCCAAGGCGUCUGGUGCCACCAUGAUGCUCACAUUCGCGGACAUGGAGGGCGGGGAGACGUUCGAUGCGUCCAUGCUGGGACAGGCAGAGGAGGUGUACGAGGAGCGGGUGGCAGAUGACAACAUUCUCAUCUUCAAGGGCUUUAAGGCCGCCAAAGCAGCAACCCUGCUCCUGCGAGGAGCCAAUGACUACAUGCUGGACGAGAUGGAUCGCUCCCUUCACGACGCCAUCUGCAUUGUCAAGCGCACACUCGAGUCCAACUCCGUGGUAGCAGGGGGAGGCGCUGUGGAAGCGGCCCUGUCAGUGCACCUGGAGAACCUGGCCACGACCCUUGGAUCCCGGGAACAGCUCGCUAUUGCUGAGUUUGCAGAGGCUCUGCUCGUCAUUCCCAAGGUGCUUGCGGUGAAUGCUGCCAAGGACGCCACAGAUCUGGUGGCGAAGCUGAGGGCGUACCACCACAUGUCGCAGACUAAAAGCGACAAGCAGCACUUGGCAGAGUACGGUUUGGACCUGGUGAACGGUGUGUUGAGGAACAACGUGGAGGCGGGAGUGUUGGAGCCAGCCAUGAGCAAAACCAAGAUCCUGCAGAGGAACAACGUGGAGGCGGGAGUGUUGGAGGCAGCAAUGAGCAAAACCAAGAUCCUGCAGUUUGCCACUGAAGCCGCCAUCACCAUUCUCAGGAUCGACGACAUGAUUCGGCUGGCCAAGGCCCAAGACGGGCCCGAGGAGUGA